AUGGCGACCUGGAUGCACCCCCGAUCCCGACAGUGGCAUCUUCUGGACUAUGUCCUCGUGUGGCGGCGUGAUCAGCAGGACGUGCUGGCGACAAAGGCAAUGCUGGAUGCCGACGGUAAUACCGAACAUCGUCUCAUCAUCUCUAAGAUGCGGAUCCGCCUCCAACCACGUAGGAGAUCCCAAGAAUGUCUUUUUGCCCAUAACAUUAGAGGCCUUGCCGCGCGGCUCGAGAGCGAGCCCGAAAUGCUCCAAGUGUGA